AUGAGGAGUAUUCCAGCAGCCCGGGUGGGUGUGAUCUCCAGCUGGCAGACUUCUCUCCGCAGCUACUCCCCAUACUGGCCACUGGGUGUGGCAGCUCCCAUCAGGCACAAGUUGUCAUUGGGUUACUGUUAUUAUGAGGAUCCCUUGUCUCAAGAAACAACAAAAAAAACCCCACUAAAAAACAAUCCUCCCCCCAAAAAACUAAAACACCUUUCCCUCUACUUCCCAGGACCUACCUUCAGAACCUGGGUCUGCUACCUCACUAUGGGGGCUAUGUGCCAGGUGAGAGGAGGCCGAGGGAGGCUUUGGGAACUGGAAUGCUUAUGUGUAUAUGGGGCUUUUUCAUGCCACUGGCUACAUUUGACAGAUUCCCUUGGCCACACAGGGUAUAAGUUCCAGUUCGGCCACACCUUUGGACAUCUCACCCAUGAUGCUUUGGGCCUGAGCAUUUCCCAGAAGCAGCUCCUGGCUUAGGUACCUGGUCUUCAAGUUCUACUUUCCUUUUCAUCCUAUCCCAGCCAUCUCUUGGGAGAGGUGGACACGAGGGUGAUUGUGGGGGGCAAAAAGAAAACAGU